AUACAGUAAUACUAUAACUUCCUCCUCCCUUUUUCCCUCUCUUGCGAGGGUUUUAGCUCCCCCUCUCCCCCUUCUCUUUACACUUGCAAUUUCCAGUAAGAACUAAGAACUAAUAAGAGCAGACGACACGACUGAUACAAUGGAGAGCCUGGCUAAAGUCCAUCACAAUCACCAACCUCUGCAUCUCUCAUUCCAUCGCCGUCUGUCCUUGUCAAUACCCGUCUCCUCCAUUUCCUUCUCCAAGAUCCCCUCUUCGAAGCCUAAGCCUAAAUCUGUCCAAGCCUCUUCUGCUCCUCGCCCGCUGAAUCCACAGCAAAGCCAUCACUCGGAGCUACCACUCGAAAUCCUAAAACCCUUUUCCUCUGUCCUCAAAACCACCUGCCUCGUUAUUGGCGCCGGUGUUCUCUUCUUCAAUCGCUUCAGCAAACCCUCGUAUGCCGCGCCGAUCCCUACACCCACUGUCGAAUCCACCAGCAGGGAGACCACCGAAACCUUCAAUGGUGAAGAGAAAGAGAGUACCAUCGAAGAGUAUUUGGAGUCCCACCCUGACGACGUUGAAGCCCUCAGAUCCCUAAUGGAGGUGAAGAUUAAAGCUCGCAAGCUUCAAGAAGCAAUCGCCAUCAUUGACCGACUGAUCGAAAUCGAACCGUCUGAAAGGGAAUGGCCUUUACUCAAGGCGCACCUUCAAAACUACAGCGGAGACGCCGAAUUGGCCAAGUUAGGUUUCGAAGAGAUUCUAUCCAAAGACCCUCUUUUUGUUGAAGCUUACCAUGGCCUUGUGAUGGCAACUUCGCAGUCGGAGUCGGCUGACUUGGAAAACGUGUUGAAGAGAAUUGAGAACGCUAUGGAGAGGUGUAAGAAGGAGAAGAAGAAAGAGAAUUUGAGGGAUUUCAAGUUGCUGGUCGCUCAGGUUAGGGUCAUUGAGGGGAAUUACAUGGAUGCUUUGAAGGUUUACCAGGAGCUUGUUAAAGAGGAACCGAGGGAUUUCCGGCCGUAUCUCUGUCAGGGGAUUAUCUAUACGUUGCUGAGAAAGAAAGAUGAAGCCGAGAAACAGUUCCAGAAGUAUCGACGGCUUGUCCCCAAGGAGCACCCUUAUGCCAGAUAUUUUGAUGACAAUAUGUUUGCAACAAAGGUUUUCUCGCAAAUGGCAGAGAAUCAGAGAGUGGGUUCAAAAAGCUAAUAAGUUUAUGUAUUUCCAUUUUUCUUCUUCUAAGCGGAAUAAGUUCGGGUUCAACAUGGUAAGGGUAGUUCAGUUAUAUGAUCAAUACUUCAAUAGUUAGACAACCUUUUUUCCCGCUUCUCCGUUUUUAUCUGGUUAGAUCGAAGUUCUUUGAUUUUUGAUUAUUAGCCAUGUAUUGCAGAUUUUGUAGUUAAUACCUUUUAUCUCUCUUAAAUCCC